AUGAUGAUGGAUAAUAAUUCUGAACAAAAUUCAUCUAAAUCAUCAACACCACAACAACAACAGCAGCAACAGCAGCAGCAGCUACCAAUAGUAUCACCGAUUUUGGUUCAAUUAACAACGGCAUCAACUUCGAAUAAUAAUAAUAGUCAUGGUGAUAAUCGUCAUCAAUAUCAUCCAUAUUCAUUAUCAAUAAAUAAUAAUUCAAAUCAUAAAUCAUCGAAAUUGAAGCAAUCACAAUCGAAAUCGGCAUCAUCAACAUUGAAAGAUUGUCUUUGUAAUAAUAAACCAAAUAUAAUUCUUCCACCAUUUCCUGAGUGGACAAAACGUUUUCUUGUUGAUCAACAAUAUUCGAAAUUAGGUCACGCUCGUAAAGCAUUGAAAUUUUCAAACGAAAAAUUUUACCCAUUAAGCAAGAUGAUGAUGUUUUUGUUACGUCGAAAUCGGCGUGAAGAACAAGAACAAGAACCAACACCAGCACCAGCACUAGCGCCACCGCAGCAACUACAAUCAGUAUUGGAAACAUCGAAACAAACAUCAGAAUCCGUAGAUUUACCCAUUCGAAAAGAUUUGCCAUUCGGUCAUGGAACAAUUACAUUUGUUGAUGAUGGACGUUUUCAUGCUACACAUACCACAGUGAUUGAAACACCAUUCCCAUUACCUCGCAAUGAUGACGUGAAAAAUAAAUGUUCCGAUAAUAAUAUUCCGGUUAUACAUAUCGAUUCUGAUGAAAAUAUUAAUGACGAACAACAAUCCGGAUGUAAUAAUCUUGCUGAAUCGGAAACCACUACCACCACCACCACCACCACUACCGAUCAGACAAUCCACAUUACAAACAACAGUGAGGAAAAAUUGACCACUACAAUCGCCAGAGUUGAUAAAGACAAUAAUAAUGAUGAUGAUGAUGAUAAUGGUAUAAUUGGCAAUGUAAUUAAUAAUGUUGAAACGGAACCUAAUGAAAUAAUACAAACAAUCAAAGCUAGUGAAGAAGAAAUAUCUUUCACCAUGGAUUAUAACGAUACAUUUUCAAAGCCUGAAUCACAACAGCCAUCACAAACCAUAUCGGAACAGUUGUCUGAAAUAUUUCAAAUUAAUAAUUCAUUAUCAACGGAAACUUCUGAUUCAUCAUCAUCAUUGUUUGAAUCAAACAAUGUCAUCAAUAAUGACUAUAAUAUGGCAACAGAACAGUCCGGACAACAACACUAUUAUCAAUUUGAUGAAAAUUUUAUUGAUUCACAUCAAUCGACAGAUUGGCCAAUAAAUUUUGAUGAAAAUUAUCAUCAACAACAACAACAAGAUUAUUAUUAUCAUAAUCAUCAACAAUAUGGCAUGAAUACAGCCGAUUUUACAGCUGCUAAUACCGAUUUUUAUUAUCAGAAUCAACAAAAUUAUUAUUCCCUACGACAACGACAACAUCAACAGCAGCAAUAAUUAUAAUUUGGAACAUUCCAAUGGCAAUUACAGCUAUAAAUAUCAAGAAUAUAGUCAUCUAUUUGAAGAUUGAAUUUGAUUUUUGGUUUCUUUCUUUCUUCUUUUUUUGUGAUCUCAACAAAGAAAAAAAUAUUUUCAAA